AAGCCGCUGCGUUGCGUUGACCACCAUGGAAUCGGCGAGGAAUUUGGCGUGUCCUCGCCUCGCAGAGCCACCGCUUCAGGUAACGCCUCGCGUGUCACUCCUCCACUGUCUCCUCCUCGCCUCCCUCUCCGUCAUGCCGCCGGACGCUGACGACUGGGCAGUGGUGGAGCGCCGGGGCCCCCACCUGUGGGCGUCGGGGCGGCCCUUCGUCGUCCACGGGUUCAACACCUACUGGCUCAUGUACUUCGCUGCCGACCACGCCACGCGCCCGGCGGUCACCGCCGCCAUCGCCGAGGCCGCAGCCGCGGGCCUCAACGUGUGCCGCACCUGGGCGUUCAACGACGGGGGCCACCGCGCGCUGCAGAUCAAGCCCUUCUCCUACGACGAGGAGGUCUUCCAGGCAUUGGAUUUCGUGAUCAGCGAGGCAAGAAAGCAUAAGAUGAGGUUGAUACUGUCACUGUGCAAUAACUGGGAAGAUUAUGGAGGGAAGGCACAGUAUGUAAGGUGGGGAAAGGAGGCUGGCCUAAAUCUUACUUCUGAUGAUGACUUCUUCUCUGAUCCAACAAUUAAGAGCUACUACAAAGCUUUUGCUAAGGCUAUUUUGACAAGAAUAAACACAAUCACAAAUGUGGCCUACAAAGAUGAUCCCACAAUUCUUGCCUGGGAGCUGAUUAAUGAGCCACACUGCCCUUCAGAUCCAUCAGGCGACACACUGCAGGCAUGGAUAGAAGAGAUGGCAUCUUAUGUGAAAACUAAAGACCCACUGCACCUUUUAGAGAUCGGUGUUGAAGGGUUUUAUGGUCCAUCUACUCCGGAAUUCUUGCGUGUGAACCCAGAUGAUUAUUCAGGAAAUGCUGGAACAGACUUCAUUAGGAACCAUCGUGCACUAGGAAUUGAUUUGGCUUCAGUUCAUAUUUAUUCUGACACUUGGUUGCCUAACUCUGUAGAGGAAAAUCACCUCGAGUUCGUGAAAACUUGGAUGCAACAACAUAUCGAUGAUGCGGCCAACUUGCUUGGGAUGCCAAUUCUGAUCGGGGAGUUUGGGAUAUCACUUAAGGAUGGGAAAUUUGGCAAUGAGUUCCGUGAAGCUUUCAUGCAGACAGUUUACAGCAUUUUCUUGAGCUCUUGGAAGACUGGAGUGAUUGGAGGAGGCUGCCUUGUUUGGCAGCUCUUCCCUGAAAGCGCAGAGCACAUGGAUGAUGGUUAUGCAAUUAUUUUUGCAAAAGCACCAUCCUCAUUAAACUUGCUUGCAAAUCACUCGAGGAGUCUGGAAUGUUGAGAAUGUACUGCCUCCCUGCUUCUUAUAUGAGUAUAUGACACAGUCCAUGUUACAAGUUUUUUUUUUCAAGCCAAAAACAUUUCUGAGAAGCUGAAUGUUCAAUGUGUAAAUUGUAAGGCCCUAGUGGUGACACGUGCGAGUAUGAUGCACAAUAAUGCAUGCUGAUCUCUGGCCCUAAAAAACAAUGUGCUGCUAAACAAAAGGGUAAAUAUUAAAUUGUGAAAUGAAGUUCCGUCCUUCCAUCAUGCACCUACCUAAUUUCAUUUCAACAAUAUCCUUAUACAACUGAAGUACUUUCUUGUUUGCACAUAAACUGAUGUUUGUUCCUUUAUAUACCAUGAGUUGGUUGUCUAGCAUGAAAUUGUUUGAAAUGAAAAUUCUAUUGUCCAUCAUCUGAGAACAUUACAGGUAAGAGAUGUCCAAUAGUUCUCUCAUGUGAUUGUUGUUAUCAAAUAAAAUGGAGAAAUAUGUUCUUCCUUACCACUUAUGUAGUUUAUGGAAAACAAGUACUUAGUGAUGUCAGAAGUUUGCUUCCUUACUACUUUUGUACUUUAUGAAAAAAGGAACUCUUAAAAAGCCUCUAUUAUAUAAAUAAGGACUGGCCAAACUUAUGUAGACCUCAAUCCUCUGUGCAGUACUGCAGUCAAACCCGAAGUGCCAUCUAUAUUCUUCUCUUUUUCCGGAUGGCAUGUAAGUGUAACUAAAAUGGAAAUUAUAAAAGGCUCUGACUUGAGUUACUUGUUCAAAAAAUUGAAGGGAAGUGUUACCACUGAACUUUUACUUGCACCCUUAAACCAUUUAUGAUGAUGUACCUUGAAGAUUCACUGAGAAGCAUGUUUAACCGAAGCUGAGAUCCUAAAUCUGGUGAUGAUUAUUGUGUGUGCGUGAUUACAAGAAUUUGGGCAAGCCCACUUUGUAGCUUUGUGCAUAGACAUCAUAGAGAUUUGACUAUCAAUUUAAAGAGCUCUUCUGGUGCUGAAAAGAAGGGGCUGUGAUCUGUGUCUAUGACCAAAACCUCACUGGGUGGCCACUUCUUGACCAUGGAAUCUUGCUGUUGAGGGCUCAACAUGUGGUCACGCUCUGUCUUUAUGAAAACCCGUUUGAUUCGAUUCAGUCUCUCGUCAUCUCCAUCGAAGCUUGCAGUGCUGAUAGCGGUUGCAGGCCACGGACGCAUCAACAUUGAAGCAAGGACCGAUUCCUACCAGGGCUUUGUUGGGAUAGUCGAUCACGCUGGAAUUCUGGUCUUAAGGCAACAGAUGUUGGAGGAUCAUCUGCUCCUGCACCGAGUGUCAACUCAACCUCGUUUAGGGGCAAAGUUGGUAACCCCUGUUAUACAUUAACAUUGCAGAGGAUGUAGUUAGUCAUACAUAGUAUUACAAGUCUAUAAUGAUGAAAUAAAUAACAGAAGGUUAAAAAUAUAUCGUGAAUUAAGGAAAGUUGACAUAAUAAUUAUUCUAGAGCUCUUCCAAAUUCCCUGUACUUUCUGUUUCAUGUCUAAAAUACAAAUGGCUAUACUGAGAACAAGCCAGUUUUUUUCUUCUUUAGGAAGUAUUAGGUGCCUGUUUGACAUUAUCCACCAUAUUUACCCUACUUUUUAUCAUACACAUUUUAGCUACUAAAGAUCAGUUAUUACAUUUUUUCAAAGAAAAUAUUAAUGGUUACAUUCUUUAUAUUUGUAGUGUAUGUAUAUGUUUAUUUGCUGUAUAGUUUGUCAGUUAUAUUCUCAUCAGUUGCUAGGUGGCUUAUGCUAUAUGAAGAGAAGAAAGAGAAGCUUAAAAACAUUACAUCUUUCUUAUCUUCAUCAGUUUGAAAUCCAAAUGGUAGCAUUGUAGCUGCCACAAAAAAUGCUUGCCUGAUCCUGUCAACAAAUUCAUGCAUUGCAUGAAUCACACUCAGUCCUCCAGCACCAUGUCCGACUAGAAUCAUCUGAAAUUAGAAUGAAAUGACUUAACACGUAGACCAAAUCUCCUUUCGUAUGUCCAUAUUCUUCACAAUUUUGAACAUUGUUCAUAAAUAGCUUGUUAACUACCUUCAGAAUUUUUGUUGGAGCUAUAAUUUCUUAAAUUUGUUCAUACUACACAGCCAUGGCGUAAGUUGUUAGCUCAGGUGUUAAUCUGGAUACAAAGAUCAUAACUUAAUUGCACUUCAGAUUGUUUUAAACAAGUUUCAACUACUUUCAUGUAAUCUGAUUUCACACUUUUUAUUCACAAUAGCAUAAGGUAUUUUUCUGCUGGUCAUUUCCAUUGCAAGACAUAGUACUGACAUUAUAGGUUGAGCCAAGAUGUUGCUUAAUACAAAUCACUGGACAGAAAGGAGGAAGAGAUGAGCCUAUGCAUGUACCUUUUCCCCCUCUGGCAAGUCCGAGAUGAGGUCUAUGAGCGGCUUGUCGUACUGCUUGAAUGACCGAACGAUGUUGGGGUCGGUAGGGUCAACGCCACCUCCGGCAAGAUCAAUGCAUGUGACACGGUAGCCGGAGCCCUCAAGAAGCCAGCGGAGCUUGAACCAGCACCAGCCUCCAUGACCUUCACCGUGAACAAGCACAAAGUGCUCCCUUGCCAUGCCCAUUUAGUCUGACCUCUGGCUAUCAAUCUAAAUUUGCUACCAUGGAUGGAAUAUAACUACCUGAUGGACAUCCAGCAGGGGGGACUGCAUUUGCGACUGCAUUUGCGUGGCCAAGCCCAAAUGUCAAACCGAGCAGAUAUCCAGUUAAUUCUAUUUUAAAUAGGGGGUCUUAGGAGAUGCCUACAUUUCUGGCAUGCAAAAUGGCUGAAAAUGGUAUAUCAUGCAGGAUGUAGCGUGUGGAUGAGCAAGUUUCUCUCCUUGCAUUGUGUGUGGCUUUUGGCCGUCUUACUUGAUGGAUUUCUACUUUUGAUUUAUUGCUAUCUUGCUUCAUUGCUGGUUGGCGUAUCCAGAGCUCAAACAUAAUGCAUUCAUUACAAAAGUUCUACUGCAAACAGAUGAUGUAGACAUGCGCUUAUAACAUUUCACCGUGAUGUGUACUAAUCUGAUUUGCAUUUCAACUUCUGUUUUUUCCUUGUUGGAGAAAUAACAACACCCUAUUGGUAAAUGAUUACUUAAUUGGUAUAUAGCAUCAAACAAUGAACAGUUGAAGUAUCCGCUGGGAUUGGGAAUAUGAUACACUAGCUCUCACAAGGACUUGAGGAUCAGCUCGAGGAGAUGCUCUGGUGCAGAGAAGAAAGGGUUGUGAUCUGUGUCCAUAACCGUCACCUCACUGGGUGGCCACCUGCGGAUCAUAGCCUCCUGCUGCUCAAAAUAUGAUCCUGAACAAAUGUGGCGUCCUGAACAAAUGUUAACAGUAAGGGUUCUCGAAAUAUGAUCCACAAAUGAUUCGCUGCGGCAAUUCAUUAACUUAUGUUGUAAUUGUGUACCUCCUGCGGGCUCUUUUGAUACAGGAUUGCAUUCUGAUACUCCUUUCUCAGUGCCACGCUUGUAGGUGGAUGGAUGGUCUUGCCACAGACCAAAUUUCAGGCCAUACACAUCCCCAACCUCGGGUAAAUCAGAAGAGAUGAUGCCGUGCAUAAAGUUGCAAAUGGAUGCGUAAGAUACGAUCACCUCGUCGCCGUCCGGCAAGGCCGCCAUGAGUUGAUGAACAGCGCGUCAUACUCAUCGAACGACCGGACGUUGGGGUAGACGCGGCUGCCGGCGGCUCCAGCGAGGUCGAUGCAGGAGACAAGGUGGCCGGAGCCCUGGAGCAAGGCACAACAGACGAGGAAGGAUUCAAGGUACUGAGAAGAAGAUCCAUUCCAAGAUUAAGAUACAAAGGAGAAGAAGAACCUCAAGCUGUGGAGGAACGACAAAGAUGUAUGGAUAACCUGAACAGGCCAACCAAGCCAAGAAUUUUUGAGCUGCUAGAACCCCAUGUGCUACCGUGCUACCAACAAUGAUCAAGGGGAGGCAUCAAGCCGUUGUCCAAAAGUUUUAUAGAUUUUAUCAUGAAGGAUGAACAGGGUACUUCUCGAUCAAGUCGAACAGCUCAUCUCCUAUGCCAAGCCAAGCAUCCUGGCCAUGUCUGUCGUCUUCAACCACGGCUUGGGUUGGUUCUGCUGCUUCAGCCACAAUUUCACAACAAACACUUUCUUCAUCACAAAGAGCUCCAGCGCCUCUGGGUUGAAGACGACAGAGUCACAUGCUCAUGUGCGCUUCAUCCACAUAGGUUUGCAUACAGUAAAUUUUUUGAGAAGAUGCAUAAAGAACUAGCUAAAAGACACUGAAGAAUCAUGAGGUGUGCCAAGAUGUACAUGUGUUGAAUUCAAAAAAAAAAAUUUGAAACCAUUUCUCUCAUUAAGUACCUGGUGAGGGACCAGCAUUGCAGCAUAUUUGGCAAGCUCGCCAGCUCUCCAGUCAAGCAUAACCGGAAACCAAGGGUAAGCAGAAUCAAGCCUCACGAACCAGAGCCAUAUGUUAGGGAGCUCUGACAGCUCCCACGUGUCGUAUUGAUCCUCUCUCUCGUAGUUUAUGGUGAACCCAACAGUUCGAUCCAAAA